GCUAUCAGCUCUAUCCCAUUGGCAAUGGCGAUCGAUCACCAAAAUUUCAAAUCUGACAGAACAACUCUACUCAUCUGAGAGAGAGAGUUUCCCUCGUUCCGUUAUUCUUCUUUCUUUUAAGUUUCAAAACCAAAAUCUCUUCCAAAAUUUCUUGAUUCCUGAACAAUGAUCGAAAAUCUUCGAUCUCGCAUCUCUCUGUUCUUCUUCACCUUUCCAGAUCACAAGAAUCGAGGAAUCGGAUUCGAUUUGGCGUCUUUUUUCUCAUUUUUUUGGCUUCAAAAUUGAAACGUUCUUUGAUUUCAAUCUCAUUAACCGAUCUAACGAGGAACAAUCAUCGGUUGCUUUCGAUCGGUUUAGAUUUCCGACUGAAAUGAAAUGAUUUCUCAUUUCGUCAUUUUGGUUUGAACUCCAUCGAUCUUUUUGUGGAGGAAUUUGCUGCAAAUGUGCGUUUUUUGUGGAUUGCGAACGAUUAUUGUAAGUUCAGUUCUGCGUUCUUUUUCAAUCAUUCGAUGACUUGUAAUCCGGAUUUGAUCCUCUACGCCUGCGUUUCCAAAGGAACCACGGUUCUCGCCGAGUUCAGCUCCGAUGACAAAGAAGUGGAAACCCUAGCCUUGCAAUGUAUCGAAAAGACUCCCAAUCUUCAUGCAAUGUUUUCUCAUAACUGCGGGAAGAAGAUCUAUACCUUCUUGAUGGAAGAUCCUUUUGUAUAUUUUGCUAUCUACGACCCAAAGUUGGGUAAAUCACAGGGUCUUGGUUUCCUCAAGCGCUUAAAGGAAGCGUUCAUGAAGUUCUUCCGCAAGACCGAACCUUUGAAAAGCUUAGAUGAAAUCCCCAAUUAUCACUUCCAGGCAAAAUUCACUCCCAUUUUUCACGAAUUAUUGAAUUAUUCAGGGGAGCUGAAUAUAUUGCCGCCGCCGCCUCCACCACCUGAAAUUAUCUACAGAGAUCGCCGAAACGUUAGUGUUGAUUCCAAGUCUGGAAAAUUGGUUGUAUCAAUUCCGUUGCUUGAGAAGCCGCCAAGCAAGAAUUCAAAGAAGAAGAAGAAAAAUAAGAAGAGAGAUUCGGACGAGAUGGAAACAAAUAGCAGAGAUAUCCCAAUUGAAAAAAUGGUAAAUGUAGUUGAAGAUGGCAAAGAAUUCUCUGUUUUGUCCCAAAAGAAUGGCCUUCACCAAGGAAGCUUAAUACGUCAACAGGCUCAGAAAAAAUGGUGGCGAUAUGUUGGGAUAGCAUUGUUGAUAGAUAUAGUGAUCUGCACUGCUCUGUUCGGUGUAUGGCUCUUGAUUUGCAGGGGUUUUAAAUGCAUCAGAGAAUGAUUUAAUCAACCAUUUGCUCUGUAAAUUUUCUGCUCCAAAGACAACCUGGUUGGCAUUUUCUGGAUGAACAAUGUGAAAUCUGUUUUGGAUUCUUUGAUGUUGCCGUGUUCUUCACAUUCUUCUCUACUGGGUAACCAUCAUCUUCCUCUUCUUCUUAUUCCGACCAUUCUAUGAUGCUAAACCUUUCAGAGUUUGGAUUAUGCUUUAAUUUAUCGUUCUAAGAUUUGAAUUUCUGAUGAACGUUGCCAUU